AAUAAAGUUCUGAUCGCAAAGACAUUGGUUGCUCUGAACCGAGACAUCGAAAGGGCUAAGUCUCUGCUGAUUACAGUGAUUGGCAGAUAUAAGACAUCAACCAAAUGGGAUGACAUCGAGGCUGUCAAAGAGGCUAAAGAAGUGUUGAACAAACUGGGAGUCAAAGUGACGGAAAUUAAUGUUCAAAAGUCUUAAUGAGAUUGAUUUAAAAAACUUAUUUCCAAAG